AUUUUCACUGAAAGAUAAACAAACCCUUCUCUCACUAAAUAAAAGGAGAGGGAAGGGCCGAAAUCUAUAUUCAAAGUUCAUCACUUUCUCUCUCUAAAACCCCUCUGCUUCAAUUUGAAGCUGUCCUUUAUCUCUCUAAUUCACCCCUCCAUUCCUCUAUAUCUUUCUCUCUCGCAGUCACUCUAAUUCACCACUCCAUACUAGGGUUUCAUUCAGUCCGUACCGUCGUACACUAGGGUUUUUGGGUAACCGAGAUUAAUUUCUGGGGGCUAGAGUUUACCUACAGUCUGUUGAUCUCUGCCAUGGACCCGGAGAAGCUACGGGAUAUGAGUCAGCCGAUGGACGUCGCUUUGCUCGACGCCACAGUCGCCGCUUUUUAUGGGACGGGAUCUAAAGAAGAGAGGAAUGCUGCAGACCUUGUUCUGCGUGAUUUGCAAAAUAAUCCAGACAUGUGGCUUCAAGUGGUGCAUGUUUUAUCCAACACAAAUAGCUUGAACACCAAAUUUUUUGCUUUACAGGUCCUAGAAGGGGUUAUUAAGUAUAGAUGGAAUGCUUUGCCUGUUGAACAACGAGAUGGCAUGAAGAACUAUAUUUCUGAAGUUAUAGUUAAGCUUUCAAGCGAUGAGAUCUCUUUCCGGCGGGAGAGGCUGUAUGUCAAUAAACUAAACAUUAUAUUGGUUCAGAUCUUGAAGCAUGAGUGGCCAGCCCGGUGGCGAAGUUUCAUUCCUGAUCUGGUUGCAGCAGCAAAAACAAGUGAAACAAUUUGCGAGAAUUGCAUGGCAAUUCUAAAACUUCUAAGUGAAGAGGUCUUCGAUUUCUCAAGGGGUGAGAUGACCCAACAGAAGAUUAAAGAGCUAAAACAAUCAUUGAACAGUGAGUUCCAGCUUAUUCACGAGUUAUGCAUAUAUGUAUUGUCUGCAUCUCAAAGAGCUGAGCUUAUCAGAGCUACCCUGGGCACACUACAUGCUUUCCUUUCCUGGAUUCCUAUGGGCUAUAUAUUCGAAUCACCUUUGCUUGAAACACUGCUGAAAUUUUUUCCCAUGGCGGCUUAUCGUAAUCUUACUCUUCAGUGCCUGACGGAGGUUGCUGCUCUUACAUUUGGGGAGUAUUACGACUUGCAAUUUGUAAAAAUGUAUAUCAUAUUCAUGGUGCAGUUGCAGAGCAUCCUCCCACCCACUACCAACUUUUUAGAGGCUUAUGCAAAGGGAUCUAGUGAAGAGCAGGCCUUUAUUCAAAAUUUGGCGUUGUUUUUCACAUCAUUUUACAAGCCUCACAUACGAGUACUAGAAUCUUCGCAAGAGAACAUAAAUGCGCUACUACAGGGCCUUGAGUAUCUCAUUAACAUAUCUUAUGUUGAUGACACUGAAGUCUUUAAGGUCUGCUUAGAUUAUUGGAACUCCCUAGUCUCGGAGCUGUUUGAAGCUCACCAUAAUUUGGACAAUCCUGCAGCAAGUGCAAAUAUGAUGGGACUGCAGAUGCCGAUGAUUCCAGGUGUGGGUGAUGGAGUUGGAUCACAACUCAUGCAUAGACGCCAGCUUUAUGCUGGUCCGAUGUCGAAGUUGAGAUCGCUGAUGAUAUGCCGUAUGGCAAAGCCUGAAGAAGUUCUCAUUGUUGAGGAUGAAAAUGGAAAUAUAGUUCGUGAAACUAUGAAGGAUAAUGAUGUGCUUGUGCAGUAUAAGAUAAUGAGGGAAACACUGAUCUACUUGGCACAUCUUGAUCAUGAGGAUACUGAAAGACAGAUGCUGAAGAAACUGAGUAAACAAUUAAAUGGAGAUGAUUGGACAUGGAACAACCUCAACACAUUAUGUUGGGCCAUUGGUUCUAUAUCUGGGUCAAUGGUGGAGGAGCAGGAAAACAGAUUUUUAGUGAUGGUCAUUCGCGAUUUGUUGAACCUAUGUGAAAUCACCAAAGGGAAGGACAAUAAGGCAGUCAUUGCCAGUAAUAUAAUGUAUGUUGUCGGGCAAUACCCUAGAUUUUUGAGGGCCCACUGGAAGUUCUUAAAAACUGUUGUGAACAAAUUGUUUGAGUUCAUGCAUGAAAGUCAUCCAGGAGUUCAGGACAUGGCGUGCGAUACAUUCUUGAAAAUCGUUCAGAAGUGCAAGCGUAAAUUUGUUACUGUACAGGUUGGAGAAAAUGAACCAUUUGUAUCAGAACUUUUAACAACUCUUCCAGCAACUAUUGCAGAUCUUGAGCCUCACCAGAUCCACUCCUUUUAUGAAUCUGUUGGGAAUAUGAUUCAAGCAGAACCUGAUCCCCACAGGCGAGAUGAGUAUUUACGGAGAUUGAUGGAGCUUCCUAAUCAGAAAUGGGCUGAAAUUAUCGGGCAGGCACGUCAGAGUGUGGAUUACUUGAAAGAUCCGGAUGUAAUAAGGGCGGUGCUUAAUAUAUUGCAGACAAAUACUAGUGCUGCCAACUCUCUUGGAACAUAUUUCCUUCCACAGAUUUCUCUCAUCUUCUUGGACAUGCUCAAUGUGUACAGAAUGUAUAGUGAACUUAUUUCCACCAGUAUUGCACAAGGAGGGCGCUAUGCUUCGAGGACAUCUAUUGUAAAACUUCUACGUUCGGUCAAGAGGGAAACACUGAAGCUUAUUGAGACCUUUCUGGACAAGGCUGAAGAUCAACCACAUAUUGGCAAACAAUUUGUGCCUCCAAUGAUGGACCCUGUGCUUGGUGACUAUGCCCGGAAUUUGCCCGAUGCAAGAGAGUCCGAAGUUCUCUCUCUGUUUGCCACAAUAAUAAAUAAGUACAAGGGGGCAAUGAUUGAAGAUGUUUCUAGGAUAUUUGAAGCUGUUUUCCAGUGCACUCUAGAGAUGAUAACAAAAAAUUUUGAAGACUAUCCUGAGCAUCGACUCAAGUUCUUUUCAUUACUUCAAGCCAUUGCUACUCAUUGUUUUCCUGCUUUGAUCCACUUGUCCAGUGAGCAGCUGAAACUUGUCAUGGAUUCAAUCAUUUGGGCUUUCCGUCAUACAGAGCGAAAUAUUGCAGAAACUGGUCUCAAUCUUCUAUUGGCAAUGUUGAAAAAUUUUCAGGCGUCCGAGUUUUGCAAUCAGUUCUACAGGACUUAUUUUUCGACAAUAGAACAAGAGAUAUUUGCUGUUCUGACAGACACUUUCCACAAGCCGGGUUUUAAGUUGCAUGUAUUGGUGUUGCAGCAUUUAUUCUGCCUGGUUGAAUCUGUUGUCUUGAGUGAGCCCCUGUGGGAUGUUGCAACAGUUCCCUAUCCUUAUCCAAACAAUGGCAUGUUCAUCCGUGAGUACACAAUUAAACUUUUGAGUACGUCUUUCCCCAACAUGACAGCUACUGAGGUGACCCAAUUUGUAAAUGGACUUUUUGAGUCAAGAGAGGACCUUGUCUCAUUCAAAAACCACAUAAGAGACUUUCUUGUGCAGUCUAAAGAAUUCUCAGCUCAGGACAACAAAGAUCUUUAUGCUGAGGAAGCUGCUGCUCAAAGAGAAAGGGAGCGGCAGCGUAUGCUGUCAAUUCCAGGGCUGAUUGCUCCCAGUGAGAUACAAGAUGAGAUGGUCGACUCGUGAGUUUUAUAAAAGAAAUUCUGCCGAGGCCAAUUUUGUGGAUUUUUAACUCUAAAAAUUAGGUUUUGAGCACCGUGAGUCCAUCCUUGAUUUUUUUUUUUUUUCCUUCUCUUUUAUGGAGUUUUAAUCUGUAAUUUUUGCUCAAUUUUUAUCACCGUGUUGGGAGUUUUUUCUCUUGUGAAGUGGUGAAGUCGUUGAGGAACACAGGCUUUGCAACUGAAGAAACUAAUGCUGGUUUUAGAGUAUUUAGAUUCUAAUUUAGGAAUAUAGCAUGUCACUUUACGGAUAACCGAAUCUCUGGUUGUGACUAUUGUAAUGGCAAGACGAGAUUUGAACUGAUUAUCAUUGAGCAAACGGCUAUCUGGUGACUCGGAAUAGGUCUAAUGUAUACAACAUUGAUGUUUUGUGCAGAAAAUCCUCUAUUUGUUGAUUGCUAGGAUUGUGCAAGUUCUUUUAUAAUAUUUUAAUGGUGGUUUGAUUUCA